CCGCCCACAUGCAGGUGGACUCUUACCUGCGCGAGGUGCUGAGGAUGGACCGCACCGCCCCCCACAUCCUGAAGGCCCUCAGUAGCUGCAGUCUGAGGCACUGUGUGGCUCUGUGGCAGUUCCUCUCCUCGCUCAAAUCAGAGAGCAUGCUGCGGCUAAAGAGGGACCCGUUCGAGGGCAUGUUGGGUCAGUACAGGGAGCCCCUGGAUGAGGAGGGGCGGAGGCUGCUGAUGGGGUUCUGCAGCCGGGGCAGUGUGGACGCUUUCCUGCAGGAGACGCACCAACUCCUCCUGCUGCGUCUCAGCACCAACCAGGACCCGGAGCAGUACAGACCUGACUGGGGUCUGAAGGACACACUGCAGUCUUUCAUGGAACACAAAGACAUGGACCUGCCGCCUGAGGUGGAGGAGCUGUUCCCAGGGGCCCUGCGGCUGUCCCAGGCCCUGGAGGUCUGGAGGUUCACCGUGGCCUUCAAACAGGGCCGCUAGCCUGGGGUUAGCCUGGGGUUCUCCCAAUUUAACCUGCGCUAGCCUGGGGUUCUGCCAAUUUAACCUGCGCUAUCCUGGGAUUCUGCCAAUUUAAGCUGCGCUAGUGACUGUGGUUACUAACACUUUUCCCACUUGGUGGCGCUGAGGAGCAUUCCUUGUUUUACUUCAAGAGAGUAAGUCGCUAUGGUGGUUGUAAAUGGCCUCUGUUGCAGAAAUAGGUAGUAAAUUUUAAAAAGUACUUAAUGUUGUAAUUGUUAUAAUAUUGUUAUGCAUGUGAGGAUUCAACAGUUUCUAAAUUGUGUAAAGAUUAAAGAGACACAAUACUGAAGUGGAAAUAUUAACAGCUGGUCAGUGUCAAGUAAAGAAACAACAUUAAAGCAUUGACAAAUAUCAUUCCAACAAAAAUGUGAUAUUUUGUUUUCUGAAUAUACUGAAUUAUGAAAUAAUAAAUGAAGAAUGCAGUCAAA